UCAGGGCCGUGAGGGGACAAGCGGUUGGCGUCACAACAGCAGAGGACACGUUACUGCAGGUUCUGCUGAAAGGCUGGGAGGGCUUGUUGGGUGCACAGGGGGAAUCUGCAGAGGAGGACACAGAAGCCUACUCUUGGUUGUGGGGAGAAAUGAGGCUGCAUGCUGACAGCAUUUCACCAUAAACUGCCUUUGUUGAGAACAUGAAAUAUCAGCACUUUGUCUUCUGGCUUAUUCUAGCUGAUUCAUGCCCCCAUCAGUCAGCCACUAGAAAAUAAAACUGAACAAUAUGCAUAGUUCCAGUGAUGUAAGAUGCAAAUAAUUGUCAAGACUAAAAAUAAGGGGACAGGGACAUACUAUUUAUAUGGACCGUAGCUAACUUUAUGAGUCAAAUGAGUGACGACCCAUGAAAAGAGGGAGUUUUGAGAAAUACACUCAUAUGCAAAAAGCACUUGCAUAAUUGCAAGCACGAUCAGGGUAUGUUUCCAGCUGCGGUCUAGAGACAUUUCCCAGAGCAGUAAGGCUGUAGCAGCAUGGACAGUGGCUCAGGGAGCUGAGCCACAGAGUGCUUACGUCACACAAGAAGUUUAUAGCAGAAGCAGGACCGGAACACCCCUUUGUGGUCAGCUGCUGACCUUGGAAAAAAUGCAUCACAACGAUAAAAGUGGGAUCUCCCAAACUGGAAGUCGGGAGACCCGCCAGGUUGCAGCUGGGCCUUAUUCCAACCAAAAUCUCCCACAGAGGCCUGUGCUUGGGCUGCUGACUGAGAAUGGCCAGUGCUUGAGGCCAUGUGGCCAGGGUACCACUGUAGUCAGACGCUUCUCUGGCUCUGAAAAUGCUUUCCCUCCAUCUGGAAAGAAUAUAUUGCCUAGCUGUAUGGUCAGUGUAACAUCCAAGCAAGGAUUUUCUAUAUAUGUAGAUGAACCAGAGCAGAAAGACAGAUGCAGCUGCACAGUUGUACAAGAAUUGGAACCUAGCCUGUGUGAAGUGGAUACUAGCACAAUGAAAUCCAAUAUUCAUCUGCUGUUGGACUUGAGUACAGGUUCUCCUAUGUUGGUGGAUACGUCAUUCCAGUCACAUCAUGAAAUUCCUAUGGAUAACAGCAUAGAUGUAAUGAAUGUGGGAGACUAUGCAGAAGACAUUCAUCAGUACCUUAGAGAAGCUGAAACAAGAUACAGACCAAAACCAUAUUAUAUGCGAAAACAGCCAGACAUCACGUCAGGGAUGCGUGCAAUCCUGGUAGACUGGCUGGUAGAAGUUGGGCAAGAAUACAAACUUCGUACUGAAACUUUGUACCUAGCUAUCAACUUUCUGGACAGGUUUCUUUCCUGCAUGUCUGUCCUCAGAGGAAAGCUUCAGCUUGUUGGAACAGCAGCAAUUCUUCUGGCUGCGAAAUACGAAGAGAUCUACCCUCCGGAGGUAGAGGAGUUUGUGUAUAUAACAGAUGAUACUUAUACGAAGAGGCAGCUAUUAAGAAUGGAACACCUGCUCCUGAAAGUACUGGCUUUUGACCUGACUGUACCAACCACCAACCAGUUUCUCCUGCAGUAUUUACAGAGACAUGGAGUCUGUGUCAGGACAGAGAACUUUGCAAGGUAUGUAGCAGAGCUGAGUCUCCUGGAAGCUGAUCCAUUUCUGAAGUACCUUCCUUCGCAAACUGCUGCAGCAGCUUACUGUCUAGCAAAUUAUACUGUGAACAGGCAUUUCUGGCCAGAAACGCUUGCUGCAUUUACUGGGUAUUCGCUAAGUGAGAUAGUGCCUUGUCUAAGUGACCUACAUAAAGUAUGCCUUGAUGCUUCUCAUCGACCACAGCAAGCAAUUAGAGAGAAGUACAAGUUGUCAAAGUACAUGUAUGUGUCCUUUAUGGAGCCACCAGGAGUUCUACCUCUGGAGUAAAUAGCAGUGAAUCAGCGCACUGACUAAAAUUGAAGCACUUGCCUCCUGAUCAACAGAGUUGAUCGCACAUUUUAUAAGGCACUGCAGGUCAUGUGUCAGUAACCAUGGUGCUUACUAUAUUAGCUGACAUUUUUAAAUGACUUUUUUACAAGGACUCUGGACUAUAGUUUUAAUGUAAACCUAAAGCACUUUUAAUAAAUGUCUUGCCUUAUGAA